AUGUUUUUGUCAGCCUUUCUGUUCGGCCUUUUCGCCUUAGGUACUGAAGCCGUCAAAUUAACAACAACAGAUGCAGCUUAUACUGUGGACGCGGAAUCCGCCAACCCAUUCACAUUCACAGUUAAGAGAAGUAGCUGCGAUGUAACUUCUAUAAAAUAUCUUGGCAGCGAGGCCCAGUAUCAAAGCCAGGCUUCUCAUAUUUCGUCAGGUCUGGGGACAGCAACCGUCAGUGCGACAAGCAUUACCUAUGGCGGGACGCAGUAUGUGAAAAUUACUUGUGUAACAUCAACUUUGACACAUUACUACGUUAUUCGCGAUGGAGACAGUACAAUGCAUAUGGCUACAUAUAUCACAGCAGAACCAUCUAUUGGUGAGCUCCGCUGGAUCGGAAGAUUAAACGCUGCCCUUCUACCCAAUGACGAUGUGAAUCAAGCUUCAGCUAUUGGAGGUAGCACGUCGACUGUGGAAGGCUCUGAUGUUUUCGUUGUUGGAGGUCAAACACGAAGCAAAUUUUACUCCAGUCAACGGUUUAUCGAUGAUAAAGUACAUUGCGUCUCCGGAAGCACUAUGAAAGCUUGUAUGGUAAUUCCAGGUACAGCUUAUGAAAGCAGUUCUGGAGGUCCAUUCAUGCGAGACAUCGAUGCCAAUCCUACGGGAGGAUACACGGGACUGUACUGGUAUAUGAAUUCAGGCCAUGUCAAGACAGAAGCUUGGAGAACAGGACUCAACGGCCCUUAUGCCUGUGUCUUCUCGCGAUCAGGAACACCUUCUGCUAAUCUCGAUACUUCUUUCUGGGCUGGAAUGAGUGUAUCGGGGUAUGUUCCUACUUCUGGUCGAGGGUACGUAAGUGGAAAAGCAAGCGGAAUCGCUGGGGCCACUUACCCGAUCGUCGUACACUGGUUCAACAGUGCAGCACAGUACUGGACUUACGCCGACUCGUCGACAAGCAACUUCGCAUCACCAGCAAUGAAGCCUGGGACGUACACCAUGGUGCUCUAUCAAGAUGAACUGAAAGUUGCAACAGUAACGGGCGUUGUGGUAACAGCUGGCGCAACAGCCACCAAAAACAUCGCCUCUACGUGGACUACUCCCGCAUCAACACUCUUUCAAAUCGGAGAUUGGGAUGGACAGCCAACUGGUUUCCGCAAUGCAGCCAAUCAACUUCGCAUGCAUCCGUCUGACUCACGUAUGGCUCCUUGGGGUCCUCUUACUUACACAGUUGGAUCGUCCGCGCUCACGGACUUUCCCAUGGCAGCUUUUAAGGGCGUCAACGACCCUGUCACUAUCAAAUUUACUUUGACCGCCGCCCAGGCAUCCGAUGCAGCUACGUUAAGAAUUGGCACGACUCUUAGCUUCGCUGGUGGUAGACCUUCUGUCGUUGUCAAUGGCAAGGCUGGCACUGUACCUGCAGCGCCUACUUCGAUUGACUCUCGAGGUGUUACUCGAGGUGCGUAUCGAGGCUAUGGCAAUAUAUAUGAUUACCCAGUCGCGAAGGGUGGACUAGUGACAGGGUCCAACACGAUCACGAUCAGUGUGGCCUCGGGGUCCAGCGGCGAUAUGUACUUGUCACCUAACUUCAUCUUUGAUGCAGUUCACUUGUUCAGAUAG